UUGCUUCGUAACUCCUUCGCCCUUCUCUUCCCCAAAUCCCCAUCUCUCUCUCUCUCUCUCUCCCCCCUCUCCGAUAGCCUAACCCUAACCCUAACCCUAGGUUUCUGCUCGGAGGCGGCAACAAUGGUGCUCGCCCAGCUCGGCGGGAGCAUCUCCCGCGCGCUGCAGCAGAUGAGCAACGCGACGAUCAUCGACGAGAAGGUGCUCAGCGAGUGCCUCAACGAGAUCUCCCGCGCGCUCCUCCAAGCCGACGUCCAGUUCAAGCUCGUCCGCGACAUGCAGGCCAACAUCAAGCGCAUCGUCAACCUCGACGACCUCGCCGCGGGCCACAACAAGCGCCGCAUCAUCCAACAGGCCAUCUUCAACGAACUCUGCAAGAUGCUGGAUCCCGGGAAACCCUCAUUCACUCCAAAGAAAGGAAAGACAAGUGUAAUCAUGUUUGUCGGUUUACAAGGUUCUGGAAAAACCACUACUUGUACCAAAUAUGCCUAUUAUCAUCAGAAAAAGGGGUGGAAACCUGCACUUGUUUGUGCUGAUACAUUCAGAGCUGGCGCUUUUGAUCAAUUAAAGCAAAAUGCAACCAAAGCUAAAAUUCCCUUUUAUGGAAGCUAUACCGAAUCGGAUCCAGUGAAAAUUGCUGUUGAGGGUGUGGAAACAUUCAAGAAAGAAAACUGUGAUCUAAUUAUUGUGGACACGAGUGGACGGCACAAACAGGAAGCUGCACUCUUUGAAGAAAUGCGUCAAGUUUCAGAAGCAACGAAACCCGAUCUCGUGAUUUUUGUGAUGGAUAGCAGUAUUGGUCAGGCUGCAUUUGAUCAGGCCCAAGCAUUCAAACAAAGUGUUGCAGUUGGAGCUGUUAUUGUCACCAAAAUGGAUGGUCACGCCAAGGGAGGUGGUGCUCUUAGUGCGGUUGCAGCCACAAAAAGUCCUGUGAUAUUUAUUGGAACUGGAGAGCACAUUGACGAGUUUGAAGUUUUUGACGUUAAACCAUUCGUUAGCCGCCUUUUAGGCAUGGGCGACUGGUCUGGAUUUAUGGACAAAAUUCACGAGGUUGUACCUACCGAUCAACAACCAGAGUUGCUUCAGAAGCUCUCUGAAGGAAGCUUUACUCUAAGGUUGAUGUACGAGCAAUUUCAGAACAUUUUGAAAAUGGGCCCAAUAGGCCAGGUCUUCUCUAUGUUACCUGGGUUCAGUGCAGAGUUGAUGCCAAAGGGCCAUGAAAAGGAAAGUCAAGCCAAGAUCAAGCGGUACAUGACAAUGAUGGAUUCCAUGACAAAUGCAGAGCUGGAUAGCACAAACCCUAAGCUAAUGAAUGAGUCACGAAUAAUGCGUAUAGCGAGAGGAUCGGGCCGGCCUGUAAAGGAUGUCAUGGACAUGCUCGAAGAGUAUAAGCGGCUAGCCAAGAUAUGGAGCAAGAUGAAGGGGCUCAAGAUCCCAAAGAAGGGCGAAAUGAGCGCAUUAUCCCGUAAUGUAAACGCCCAACAGAUGAGCAAGUUCCUUCCACCGCAAAUGCUGAAGCAGAUUGGCGGAAUGGGCGGCCUACAGAGCUUGAUGAAGCAGAUGGGGUCAAAGGAUAUGGCCGGAAUGUUCGGAGGUGGUGGUGGCGGCGACCGAUAAGUCACGAUUUGGUAGCAUGCGGGUAUGAUGGGCAUGCGAAGUAGCGAAUUGCCAUAGAUAGCACUCCGAUAAUUUUUGGGUACAUUGUUAUUAACACUUCUAUGGUAAAUUUGGGGGAUAUUUAUUUUACAUUAACUUGGUUGGGUUCAAUGGAUGGAUUGUUUAGGCGUUUGGAUUAAUGUUGCUUGCUGAUGUUCUUUUGAGCUGGCCCUCUCUCUCUCAACUAAAUGUAAGAUUUGAAGCUUGUAAGUAGAGUAUUUGUAGUGCAUAGUAUUCUCGAAUGAUUGUAUAGCAUAGCUGUAGGUAUCUUCAAAUAUAAUUGUCUGAUGUAGAGCUGCAUUGGGUCCAAAAAGAUUGAAAUUCUGUUC